AUGGUUAAGAAUUUAAUUUCAACAUCAAUACCUUUAAAAGAUUGUCUCAGAGUUUUGUUUUCAAUUGAUCAUUUAAAAGGAGAUGAUAUGUAUAGCUGUGAUAAAUGCAAAAAAUUGCAAGAUGGAAUUAAACAUUCAUCAAUUACUCGACUGCCAAAUGUUUUAAUUAUUCAUCUAAAACGUUUUCGACAUGAAGGGAAUUACAACACAAAAUUAAGAACUAAAAUUACUUUUCCUCUUUAUGAUUUGGAUAUGGACCAGUUUGUACGUUCUGAAGAGACUAAAGACGGAGAAGAAAAUAAUUUGUCUAAUUGUUAUGAUUUGAGCGGAUUAAUUUCACAUAGAGGGCAGAAUAUUGAAUAUGGACAUUAUGUGGCAUAUUGUCGAAAUGCUUCUGAUGGAGAUUGGUACGAAUUUGAUGAUGCUCAGGUAACAAGAGUUAGUCCUCAAGAAGUAGCCAGUCAAGAGCCUUACGUUCUUUUUUAUGAAAGGCGAAACUUCUUUUGUGAAAAUCAUGGAGAAAAUGAAAUUAAAUACAAAAAAGAAUUAAUUAAUGAAAUUAUGGUAGUUGAUAAUAAAUUAAAUGAAGUAAAUGAAAAAAGGGAAGAGAAAGAAGAAAUGAUGGAUAUUGAUAAUGGUGAAGAUGAAAAUAUUUUACAAACAAAACAAUUGGAGUAA